UGAUCUUUUAUAUAAUUAUCAAUUAUCUUAAAUUCAAUCAUAUCGUAAUCAUAAUCUCUAACUGCGACUUAGAAACUUAGGAAUCAGUAGUAAAUUUUUGUGCGAAUUUUUGUAAUAAAAAAAAAAAUCCAGACGUUUAUUUUUUAUUGUAAUUUUUAGCGACGAAAUUUAAAUAUUUUAAAUUUAAAUAGAUUACUAUUUUUUAAAUAUUUAAUUGUAAUUACAAGCGCACUUCUGUACUGUAUUGUUCUGAACCAAAUCAAAUUAAAAAUGUAUUCAGUGGAAAAUGGAAAAGAAUCUGAGGAGGUACUUGUUGUUAACUUACGUAGUGAUACAUUUACUAAGCCCAGCAGAGAAAUGAGACAAGCGAUGUUUGAUGCCGAGGUUGGGGAUGAUGUCUGUGAAGAAGAUCCGACAGUUAAAAAACUACAGGAAUAUGCUGCUGAAUUGCUGGGAAAAGAAGCUGCGCUUUUUGUACCGAGUGGUUCAAUGGGAAAUUUAAUCGCAAUGAUGGUUCAUUGCGAUCAACGUGGCUGCGAAAUGUAUUUAGGAGAAGACUCUCAUAUUCUCCAACACGAACAAGGAACAGCAGCACAAAUAGCUGGCGUUACAAUUUCACCAGUUCCUAAUAAUCCCGACGGGACAUUUGAUUUGAAAACAAUAAAGCGGCGAUUGCGUAAUUCAAAAAACGUUCAUCACCCGAUAUCAAGAUUGAUUGCAAUCGAAAAUACUUUAAAUGGUAAAAUCUUGCCGCUAAAGUGGAUAAAAGAAGUCGUAGAAUUUAGUAAAAAAAAUAAUUUAAAAGUUCACAUGGACGGUGCUCGGUUGUGGAACGCCGCAAUUGGAAGUAACACCAGCGUUAAAGACAUCGUUGGAGGUUUAGACUCAGUGACAUUUUGUUUGAGUAAAGGACUGGGUGCUCCAGUUGGUUCAGUAUUGUGUGGCAGCAGUGAAUUUAUAUUAUCAGCACGUCGUUGUCGCAAAGCACUGGGUGGUGGCAUGCGUCAAGUUGGCAUUUUGGCGGCUGCUGGUUUGCUCGCACUGGAUAGUCGCUCCAGAUUGCACAAGGAUCAUGAGAAAGCGACUGCUAUGAUGAAGGCAAUCAAUGAAAUGAACUCAAAAGUCAUCAAUGUUGACGCUGCAAGUGUGCAGACUAAUAUGGUGUUCGUUAAUGUAAACUCAUCUAAUAUUGAUGCUGAAAAAGUUGUCCAAAGACUUGGAGCUGUGAUUGAUGAUCAUGAUGAUGACAAAGUUAUUGUCAAAGCAUGGGCUGAGUGGGAAGGCUGCUUGAGAUUAGUUUUCCAUCUUGAUAUUUCUGAUGAAAUGCUGGAUGCUGCUAUUAAAAAAUUCAAGUACGUCAUCGCGCAACUUGACUCUGCAGUAAAUAAUUAAUAAUUAUAAAUAUUUAUAUCAGAAACUAAAGAUUUUUAUAAUUACCACCAAUAAAUUAAUUCACUUACAAUUUAAAAUUUGGAUUUUUCCUGAUAGCAAGAUUUUCUGGUCAGAAAGUUGGUGUCAAUUAGUUGCGAUCAAGUUGAUGAC